GAAGUAGGCGGGAUUUUAGUUCCGUAGAAGAAGAAGCUAUCGGUGCCGUAGGCUCUGGUUCCGUCUCUAGCCGGUCAACAUGGUUCAACUGGUUGGUUCCCUUCGUAAAGAGCUCUCUGACACCCUCUCCACUUGCAAGGUGCUGGUGGUGGGAGCGGGAGGGAUCGGCUGCGAGCUGCUGAAGAACCUCGUCCUCACCGGCUUCAAAAACAUCGACUUGAUCGACUUGGACACCAUUGAUGUCAGCAACCUGAACCGCCAGUUCCUCUUUCAGAAAAAGCAUGUCGGCAAGUCCAAAGCCCAGGUGGCCAAGGAGAGUGCCCUUCAGUUCUGUCCCACUGUGAACAUCACCGCCUACCAUGACAGCAUCAUGAACCCUGAGUACAAUGUGGAAUUCUUCAGAAAGUUCAUGUUGGUGAUGAACGCUUUGGAUAACAGAGCCGCCCGUAACCAUGUGAACAGGAUGUGUUUGGCCGCAGACAUCCCUCUGAUAGAGAGCGGCUCCGCCGGAUACUUGGGGCAGGUCACCGUCAUCAAGAAGGGACUCACCGAGUGCUACGAGUGUCAACCCAAGCCCACCCAAAAGACCUUCCCGGGGUGCACCAUCCGGAACACGCCGUCCGAGCCCAUCCACUGCAUCGUGUGGGCCAAGUACCUCUUCAAUCAGCUUUUUGGGGAAGAGGACGCCGAUCAAGAGGUGUCCCCCGACACAGCGGACCCGGAGGCUGCAUGGAAUCCCGAAGACACGGCGACCCGCGCCACGGCCUCCGACAAGGACGGGGACAUCAAGCGCGUCUCCACCAAGGAAUGGGCCCGCUCCACGGGAUACGAUCCCGCCAAACUCUUCAACAAGCUUUUCAAAGACGACAUCAUGUACCUGCUGACCAUGGACAAGCUGUGGAAGACGAGGAAAGCUCCCACACCUCUGGACUGGCAACAGCUGGAAAACAGUGCGCGUCCCCAGGAGGUGUCCGCAGGCUCGGGUCUGAAGGACCAGCAGGUUCUGGGUGUUUGGGGUCUCUGCCAGCUGUUCCAGCGCAGCGUGGAGACCCUCCGCUCGCAGCUGCAGGAGAAGGGAGAAGGAGCCGAGCUGGUGUGGGACAAGGAUGACCCCCCCGCCCUGGACUUUGUUACCGCCGCAGCCAACUUACGGAUGCACAUCUUCAGCAUGAACAUGAAGAGUCCAUUCGAUGUGAAGUCCAUGGCAGGUAACAUCAUCCCCGCUAUUGCUACGACCAACGCCGUCAUCGCCGGUCUCAUCGUGCUGGAGGGUCUGAAGGUCCUGUCGGGGGAGCUGGAAUCCUGUCGCACGAUCUUCCUGAACAAGUGUCCCAACCUCAGGAAGAAGCUGCUGAUCCCGUGCGUUCUGGAUCCGCCCAGCGCCAGCUGCUACGUUUGCGCCAGCCAACCCGAAGUCACAGUCAAGCUCAACGUCCACAAAACCACGGUGCUCUCUCUGCAGGACAGGAUCCUGAAAGAGAGGUUCGGGAUGGUGGCUCCAGAUGUUCAGAUUGAGGACGGAAAAGGGACCAUUCUCAUUUCCUCGGAGGAGGGGGAGACGGAAACCAACAACAGCAAAAGUCUUGCUGAUUUCGGAAUCCGCAACGGCAGCCGCCUCCAAGUCGACGACUUCCUCCAAGACUACGCGUUGCUCGUCAACGUCCUGCACACUGAGGAGCUGGAGCGGGAUGUGGAGUUCGAGGUCGUAGGCGAGGCCCCGGACAAAGCUCCGCCCCCUCAGAGUACCCAGGAAGAGGUCAAAAGCAUCACCAACGGCAACAAGGACUCUGCCCAGCCAUCCACCUCUUUUAAAGCUCCAGCAGAGGAUGAUGAUAUCAUGAUCGUUGACUCUGGUGAGGAGGAAGAGGAGGAGGAAGGGGCGUCAUCCAGUACAGCGGCAACAUCUAGCGGCUCCAAGAGGAAGCACUCCGACGCAGAAACUGGAGAGACCUCCACCAAGCGCCUGCGGACGGACCAAUCGAGUGCGGCUGCUGCCACCAAUGAUGAUGACAACGACGAUGAUGACAUAAUUGCUCUUGACUGAACCCCCCCCUCUCUUUGUUACCCUGAAGGACUGAGGAGUCUUUGAAGGCUUUUCACAGUUGAGUCCAGACUGACCGUAGGUUUGAGUAAGACACCUCUUUCAUGAACAACAGUUGACUGCCCUGGUUCGCCCAGCUGUGGUUUCUCACCCCAACCCUCCCCCUCCCCCUGCUCUGAGAUGAUGCUGUAAAUAGGUUCUACAUUUUAACUUUUUGAAAAAUCCGUACAACUUCUUUGUUAAUUUCUCGUUCCUACAAAAAAAAACCUCUUGCUGGUUUGGAAAAAAGUUUUUUUUGUUGAUUUUGUAUUUUUUUAUAAACGUAAUGUAUAUCUCAUGCUAUUACACGAGAGAGGGUGUUUAUGUGCUUUGUGGUCAGGUGAAAUUUACAAGAUGUAAAGAAAAUGUGUGACAUGGGUUGUGAUAUUGAUCUCGGUGCUUUUGUGGGAGAGUAGGCGGGUGGGGUUCAACAGACUGGACAAGGAGUCUAAAGCCAAGCUCAAAACUCUUCCGCGGGGGCUGUUAAUGUCCCUGUUUGGACACGUUGUGCCCUGUGAUGGCGGGUGGGGGGAGGGCGUCAGUUUGCUACUUUUCCAAAAACAUGUUUUGACUGCCAAUUCCAGGCAACGGCCUGCAGGUUGUCCUGAUCCUCGGGGCUGUGCCUGAGAAGCAGUCGGGCCUUUUUCACACCAGAGGGACAUAAGACACAAAGCGUAGCCGCUGACCCCCUGCCUUCUUCUCCUCUGUCCUUAGUUUCAUCAAUUUAAUUGCGAUCUGAUUUGUUGUUCUGCCGAGAAACCUUUUGGACACAAAGACAAUAAUAAACUCAACAAAGACA